CUUCUCCUCUAUUCCUCCUUCUCCUCUGCUCUCCUCUGUUCCUCCUUCUCCUCUGCUCUCCUCUAUUCCUCUUUCUCCUCUGUCCACACUCACACACUCCGGGACACUUUCUCCAGCACACACACAUACACCUCUCACAUGGCAUUGGACAUACACACACGAGGUGGACCACACCGGAUCAUGUCCAGGAUCUGCAGCUUUCUGUGUGUCUGCGUUCUUCUGCUCGCAUCCAGCGCGUGCGCUCAGACACACCGGCGACAGAUAUUUCUAUGUGGAGGAAACAUCACAGGAGAUUCAGGAGUUAUCGGUAGCCAGGGCUAUCCGGGAGUCUAUCCUCCAAACACAAAGUGUGUGUGGAGAAUCACGGUCCCACAAGGCAAAGUGGUUGUUCUUAACUUCCGCUUCCUCGACCUGGAAAGUGACAACCUGUGCCGCUACGACCACGUAGACGUUUAUAGCGGGCAUGUGAACGGGCAGCGCCUGGGCCGCUUCUGCGGGACCUUUCGGCCCGGUGCCCUCGUCUCCACGGGAAACAAAAUGCUCCUUCAAAUGGUGUCAGAUGCCAACACGGCCGGCAGUGGCUUCCUGGCAGUGUUCUCCGCUGCUAACCCUCAUGAACGAGGAGACCAGUAUUGCGGAGGACGAUUGAUGAAGCCAUCAGGAACCUUCACAACCCCCAAUUGGCCAGAGAAAGACUAUCCAGCAGGAGUCACAUGCUCAUGGCACAUAGUUGCACCCAAAAACCAGAUUAUAGAGGUGAAAUUUGAAAAGUUUGACGUGGAAAGAGACAACUACUGCCGCUAUGACUACGUCGCCAUCUUUAACGGAGGGGAAAUCAACGAUGCUAAGAGGAUUGGGAAAUACUGCGGAGACAGUCCACCAGCCCCAGUGUUCUCUGAGGGUAAUCAGCUUCUCAUCCAGUUCCUCUCAGACCUCAGCUUAACGGCAGAUGGCUUUAUCGGCCACUACAAAUUCAGGAACAAGAAGAUACAGACAACGACCAUCGCCCCAACCACAACCACUCAGCCCAUCACCACCAUACUCAUACCUUUGAAGUAUUCAGCAGCACUGUGUCAACAGAAGUGCAAGCGAAAAGGAAGUCCCGAGAGCCAAUACUGCUCCAGCAACUUCGCCAUCACAGGGACGAUUAUCACGGCCGUGCCGCGUGGAGGAAGCAUGCACACUACCAUUUCGAUUAUAAACAUCUAUAAAGAAGGAAACCUCGCCAUCCAGCAGGCUGGAAAAACCAUGAGCACUAAAAUCGUUAUCCUGUGCAAGAAAUGCCCUUCUGUCAAAAGAGGCUUGAACUACAUCCUCAUGGGCCAGACGGACGAAGAGGGUCGUGGCCUGAUCGCUCCAGACCACUUCGUCAUGUCCUUCAAGGCCAAGAACCAGCGAGCGUUUAACGUUCUGAAGAACAAGAGAUGCUGAUCUUGCCCUUUCACCUUCUACCAUCUUAAAUCGUGUGUUCAGAAAGACAGAAAAUUAUCCUUUAUUAGGAUUUUUUUUGUCAGGACAAAUGGGGAUGUGGAAUGAGGUAAUGGAGAAAUUAAAAAACAGAACUGUAUAUUAUAAGGAAGGAAAUAAAAAAUAAUGCCUGAGGUCCUCCAGUGCCAGCGUUGAAAGUGGCGACUGAAUCCCAGCUUCCUUCUGGUCAAUGAGAAUGUCCAUCUAAUAAAGUGUGAUUAUUAAAAGCUCCACCCACUGGGACUAGAAAAAAAAAUAUGUAAAAAGUUGUAAAGUUGGAGUUGUAAAGAGUUUUUCUCUUACCGCCUUGAAAUAACCUCUUUUUUUAUGUACACUGUCGACAGUAGGUCAGUUUGUAGCAAUUACGUCAUUUCUGGUAUAUACCUGUAGAGCUCUACAUAGAAGGUGUUAGAGAUGGUGAAACUCUUAUGGUUUUGUAUAAUAUACACUAAAUAGACAAAAGUGUGAACCUCCCAUUCCACAUUUAUUCCCUAUCCCAUGUUAGAAUAACCUCCACUCUUCUGGAAAGAUGUUCCACUAACUAGAUUCUGUGGAGAUUU